AUGGUGCUUGGCGGGAUUUCGCAAUUCUUCGCUGAUCCCAAAUUCCGGAACAUAAUCAUCGGCAUUUACGUUAUUCUAUUCGGGUUAGCCACCGGUGCCCUCGAACUCGUCCCGAAUGUCCCAACGCAGAUUACUAGACACACCUCCUUCAUGUUCUCGUUUAUCGGAAGAGGAAUCUUCUACAUCUUUGUUGGCUGCAUUAUCCUGGAGCACCACGUUUUGCGCAUCAUCGCUGGCUCGAUCGUUGGAAUUGUGGGCGUGGCCUAUGUCGCGCUUGAGUACAUCCCCUCAAUUGAACCUCCUCAGAACAUGCGAGAGGCAGAACCUGCAUGGGGUGCGGAGCAGAUCUAA